UAACCCUCUUUCUUUGCUGCUACACUUCAGAUAAGUACCCAUUCUAUUCCAUACUUAUUGCAGUGUAUAGUGAAUAUAUAUUUUACUAUAUUGUAUAUUUCCUAUUUUCCAUUAUCAUUCAUUAACCCAUACUUUCAUUGCAUAUCUUCUAUUCACUCCUUUUAUUCCUUUUUUCUCUUUCCCUUCCGUUUGCUGUUAACAUUACUGUUCCGUUCCUAAUCUUUCCCUCUUAUCUAUAACUCCUGUUAUCACCGGCGACCCCUCUGCUAGGUCACAGUUUUCUCUUCACACACACAGCCUUUCUCCCUCAUGCGAGCGUAAUCUUGCAGACACAGCGUAGUGUCGCGAGAUUUGGUCUGAAGUGGUGAUCACUUCAAACCACUCCCGCCUUUCUCCUGUCAGACGCGUCUUCACCUCACAGCAGCUCACAGCUCAGUCACUGUCUCCUCAGUCCAGCCAGUGCUCCUGCAGUGUAUUUAUAUAUAUAUAUAUAUACUCCUUUCUAUUUUAACUGUCCUUUUCAGGACAGUUUAUAGAGAAUUAUUUGCUAUUCUUUUAACAGUCAUUCACUAUAAUAUUAAUUGUUAAUUCAUUAUUUUAUAAACUGGGUCACUUCUCACUGGUUAUAGCCUAGUUUACCUACAUAUAGAGUACUCUAUUAUACUUCAAAUAUAUAUAUUGUUUCUUUUGGUCACUGACUGAAUUAAUUAAUUCUUAAAUAGGAUGGAGGCUUCUAACCCUGAAACAAUGUCUAAUGACCAAAUUCAAUUAUUAGUGGACCACUCUGUUUCUAGGUCCGUACAUUCUGCUGUUAAUAAUGCUAUGGCAGCUAUGCAGGAAUCUUUAGUCAAAUCUGUUGCUAUGGCUAUCUCUCAAACGUCUGCACAUAAAGAACAUCAGACGCAGCAGGCUAAAAAAUGCUCUGCAAAAAGGAGACAUGUAUCUCAUGACAACCUCCUUGCUAAUAAACAAAGGAAAAUAGUUACCAGUGCCAGAGGUUUACAAACUAAUGCUGAUUUGCCUUCCACCAGUAACCAUGAACAUGAUGCGGAAAAAUCCCAUCCCAUACCCUCUACCCGGGAGGAGAACUCUAAUAAACGGGUCACUUUUGCCUCAGAUACUGUUAACCCCUCGGACUACUACGAGAUUAAUGAGGGUGAUGAUACUGUUUUAUAUGAGGAUGAAAAUGAUAUGGCAGACAAUUACUCCGAAUUGUCGGAUGUUGAAGACCCCUCAUAUGUACCUGAAAAUAAUGAGGGUGUAGACAUUUAUUUUGAUAGUUCUAAUAAUUUUUCUGAGUCCACCAUCCUAGAUGGUCAAGGACUUCCCUUUUUUGACCCCUCCCAAAUAGUACAUCCCAGAUCUGGGGAGUGGACGCCUAAUCCCGAAAUAGAGGAAUUCAUAUCUUAUUGGAUAAGAAAAAGUUUGGACAGUAAAGAUAGAAAUAAACUUAGAGCAGAGUGUCCAAGACCCACAUUACCCUUGAAUGCUGCCCAAACACCCGAACUAGAUCCAAUUCUAGUAAGAUAUAUUCAAAAAUCGGGUAAAAAUCCCAAAAAAGGUAUGGACCGAAAUUUCAAAAUUUGCCAGGACAAAUUUUUAGAUUUAUUAGGCCCCCUGACAAAAAUUAUGGAAAUUACUGAGAAUGCUUAUAAUUCUGGCACUAUGGUGGAUGCUAACACCCUUAGGGGUUGGAUACAGAGGGCUAUAUGCCUUUUUGGUAACAUUAAUGAAGCUUUCUGUACUGAAAGGAGACGAUCAAUAUUAUUAAAGCUAGAUCCUCAAUUGACCCACUUAGCUACCACUCAACCUCCUUCCCCCACAGGAGGUUUUCUCUUUGGAGAACAGUUUAUUAAAGAAAUAUCGAAAUACGUGGGCCUUUUCUCAUCACUAGACAAAGCCCAGUCAUCCCUCAAAAAAGUUUUCCCCUCAAAAAUUUUUGGAAGGGCCGGGAGAAGUAGGGGCCGUUUUCCCGGCCGAUAUCCCCAAUAUAGAGCACAAUAUAGAGGCCCCUCUUACCAGACAGACAGAGCUUCCUUCCACAUCCCUCCCCCUCAACCACAACCACAACCCUUCUUCCCUUACCGGGCACGUCCAUGGAGACCGAGAGGACAACGAGGAUACACACGUUCCAGACCCCAAGCCUACUAAUCGCCAGGACAUGUGGACCUAUCUGGGUUAUUUCUGUUCCUUUUGGAUCAUCUUCUCGUUCCUUGUUCAAGUUUUUCUUCAGAUUCACAGAUGAAUGAACAUUUCCGUUUGACGGAGGCUUCCUUUCAGAAAAAUUUCAGUCUUCAAGUUGUUCCAGUUUCAUAGACUUUAGCAUAUAUUUUUCUUCAUAUGAACGUUCUUUUUAAGUGGCUCAUCAAAGAAAGAGGGUUAGUUGUGUUAGUGCAGGGUUUAUAUUACCUGGGCCGUAUGCUCAUUGGGUACUACUAGAUACAGCAUGCUAGGUUGUACUACCUAUGAUUAACACCUGUACAUUUGUGUACCUCAAAGUUUUUCUUGUUAACUAUUGAAAAAACGUUUUAAUGUUGCUGCUAUAUUUCCCGCAGUAAAGAAAGAAAUGCACUAUAAUGC